AAUAGAUGUUGACCUAAAAAUCAUCACCCAUAGGUCCCAUUAAGGAAAACAGUAGAGAAAUGGCUGCAGUACCUGCUGUUGGAGAUGGGCCUAUGAGUCUGAUGGAAGCUCUCAGAGAGACGCUUAAGAACGCUAUCAUCGUUGACGGUGUAACCAGAGGUCUCCGAGAAAGUGUCAAGAGGCUCGACAAACGCGAAGCUCUCCUGUGUGUUCUGGCUGAGAGUACCGAUGAGAAGAAUAUCCUGAAAUUGGUGGAAGCCCUCUGCCGAGAACAUGGCAUUAACCUCAUCAAAAUAGAUGACGCCAAGAAACUGGGAGAGUGGACUGGUUUGUGUAAGAUUGAUAAGGAGGGUCAGGCAAGGAAGGUGGUACGAUGCAGUUGUGCUGUUAUCCACGCUUUUGGAACAGAAAGUCAAGCACUUGACAUCAUCAACGACCACUUCAAGCGUACCGUCGUCCCAGAGGCUUAAUUUGAUCCGAUCACAUUGAACUUCAGACUUUUUAAUCUUAUUUAA